CUCUAAGCUGUGAAACCGGAAAACCAAAGCAUGUCACAGGUCAUAGAAUCCCACGUGCUGCGUGUUGGGCAGACUGUGUGCAUUUCCUCACCCGAGGAAAGCAAGAGCCUGCACCCAGCAGGGUACCCCAGGCUGCCGGGCAAGUACGUCUACUACUCCACAGAGAGCUGGACUGACCCCCCCUCCAUGGUGCACCCCAAAGCUCACCUGCUCCCCAGGUAUGGAGCCCAGCCCGUGCAGCAGCAUGUGGCUGCUCACACGCAGGGGAAGGACCAGCAGAAUUCCUCCUUGGAGAGACCUCCUGCCCCGUGCCAGCUAAAGGAGGAGGAGAGCACCAGCACGGACCCUGAGGAUCAGCCAGUGUCUCCCUCCCUGGAUAUAACCAUAGAGACUCUCAACCAGAUGAUCCUAGAGAUUGAUCCCUCCUUCCAGCCCCUGCCGUGCAGGCCAGUGAGGGCUGCAGGCCAGCCUGCUGCUCAGGGUGACACUGCGGCCACCAAGAAGCAGGAGCAGGAGGCAAUAGACAUCAAGUACAUAGAGCUGACACCAGGCAGAGCCACGGGGCCUGACCUGCCACAGGGCUCCCCCAGCCCUUCGGGCACCCCCUUCUCCAGGUCCCCUCAGACCAACAGCUUCCUGCCCCAAAAAGGGGCACUGGGAGGCAAAUACAGCUCCAGUGACAGCGUGGUUUUCUCCAGCCCACCCGGACCCCCGAGCCCCCAGCCGGCCGCCCUGAGCUGCAGCAAAGCAUCCGAGAGCACCAGCGCUCCCUGGCAGUGCCUGGCAGGACACACGGACACGGUGUCCUGCAGCCCAGGGGCCCUCAGCACCUCCCCAGGUGUUGACAACCUGCUGAAGCCCGUGCAGGUGCUGAGGGCCCGGCAGAGGGGGAGCUGGGUGUCCCAGCUCUCCACCAGCCCUGGCUCUGACACCAGCUACAUCCUGGGCAGCAGCACCCACUCGCUCCACAACGACGACUCGGAUCCUUCGGCCGCUGCCUCCCUGUCCCCUGCCAGCUCCCUGAGCAGCCCCUGCUCCCCUUCCUCUGCCGUCGUGCCUCAGCCCAGGGAGGCUUUUGGCCAGAGCUCCCCCCAGCCCCGGGCAGGGAGCUCCCCCAGCACCUCCCUGGCCCAGAAGGGCCAGGCCAGCAGCUGCCCCCCCUCCAUCCUCACCUCGGCUGCCGACAUCCCGGUGCUGCUGGUGAACGGGUGCCUGGAACAAGGAGAUGGACCCCCCCAGCUGGCCAGAGCCCCCCCCAGCUGUGCCACACAGCCCCCCCUGGCCGGCUGCAGCCUGGCCUCGAGGCCUGGGGGCCUGAACAACGCUCAGUCAGCACCCACCCUCAGCUGCCUCUCAGACAGUCCCCUGAAGGCUGGGCAGCCCACCAUGAAGUUUGUGAUGGACACAUCAAAAUUCUGGUUCAAGCCAAGCAUCAGCAGGGACCGAGCAAUCCAGCUGCUGAGGGACAAGGAGCCGGGCACGUUCCUGGUGAGGGACAGCACCUCCUUCCGGGGCUCCUUCGGGCUGGCCAUGAAGGUUCCUGGCUCUCCCUCUGGCAGCCAGACAGGUGAGGAGAGCAGUGACCUCGUCCGGCACUUCCUCAUCGAGUCCUCCACCAAAGGGGUUCACCUGAAGGGUGCCAGCGAGGAGCUGUAUUUUGGGAGCCUCUCUGCCUUCGUCUACCAGCACUCCAUCACCCCUCUGGCGCUGCCCUGCAAGCUCAGCAUCCCCACCCGAGAUCUCGCUGAUGGAGGGGACAGCCCUGACUGCAGCCCUGAACCUGCCCUGUCCCUGGCCAGGAAAACUGCAGUGUGCAACGUCCUGUACCUCAGCUCGGUGAAUGUGGAGACGCUGACAGGAGCCCCAGCCAUCCUGAAGGGCAUCUCCUGCACCUUGGAGCUGGAGACGCUGCCCACCCCUACCCUGGUGCACUUCAGGGUGAUGGAGCAGGGCGUCACGCUGACCGACGUCCAGAGGAAGGUGUUUUUCAGGCGACACUACCCCUUGGCUGCCAUCAGGUUCUGUGGGAUGGACCCUGAGAACAGAAAGUGGCAGAAGUACUGCAAGUCCUCCAGAAUCUUUGGGUUCGUGGCCAAAAGCCAGACAGACUCGGAGAACCUCUGUCACCUGUUUGCAGAGUACGACACCGUGCAGCCAGUGUCCCUUGUCAUCGACCUGCUCCGCCAGCUCCUGCCCAGCCCAUAGGGACACAACCCUGGGACACUCAGGGCCAGCAGCUGCCCACACACUGCUGAGCUUCUGCUCCCCUUCUCCUGCUUCUGAGUUGCAUUUUGGCAACAGCACAUAUUUCAAAUUUUUUGUUAUGCACCGUCACAUCAGGAGCCUCAGCUAAAGACUUUCAGCUCUGGUGGGAUGAGAUGCUCCUGCGAGCCUCUCCAUAGGGCACUGGCUGCCCCAGGGAAGGGAUGGGAGCUGUGCUCUCUAUGGAACCACUAUCCCUCAACUGGACUAUCUGCUUUGAAGGACCACAGUGCUCUGGCUGGGGUUUCCACCAGCCAAGAGGUCCCCUGUUCGUGGGGUGUCUGGGCUGGGGGAGGUCACGGAGCUGAACUGAGCUGAGCUCCCACCAUUGGGGACUCAGCCCUGACACCCCAGUGCUGCAGGAGGGAAAGCCUGGGGGAGGAAUCACCCCCUGAGCAGCACAAAGAGGCAGCUUUGCAAAUCAAAGUGAAUAAAAUGACUAAGUCCUGCUGGAAACCUGCUUCCCUCAAGGAGCAAGCAGCAUCCCCAGGCAGGAAUGACAGAGCAGCUCAUUUUUCCUGGUGCUGGGAAAUUCUCCUGCCCUUUUACGCAGUGCGGGGUUGCGGGCGGGGCUCGACCUCCCAGCAUUGCAGAGAGCUGGGAAAUAAAUGGUGACAUUUCCAUGACAGUGAAA